GGGGAGGGAUGGAUGGAUGGCCAUUGUGCCAUCCUUCCGUUUCACUCUCGCUCUGAAGCAAAAGGUCAGGCUCAACGCCUUUGUCAAAUUGGGCCACUUUGGCGUUACCUGUCGUCAUGGGCGGGCAAUCAUCCCCUUUUGGACCUGCCGCAAUCAGCGCCACUUCUACUUUGAACGUGAGCCAUUUGCUGCCGCCGCACGUGUUUGCCGCAUUCGCUCACACAAGAACUGAAAGUAUAUCUAGCAACAGGCGGGACAUCCAUCCGAGAAGCAUUCCAGAUUGAAAAUGAUGACUAAGGCUCAUUGUAAAUGUGCUUCUGCAACAGAUCUCUUCAGGUGCUCAGCACACUGAGCAGGUGUGAUUUGUCCUGCCGGCCGGCUGCAACGCUCAGCUCUGAACAAGUCCAAAUGUGGCAAGAUGUGUGCACGCCGCGCCGCGCCGCGCCGCUUGUUGCAGUUGAACUCCUCAGUAGGUUUGUGACGGCACGUGCCUCACCGUCUUUGUAUAUUUUCCUUAGCCUUGAGAUGGAACGAUCCAUUUGGCUUCCGUCUGCGCGCGCGGCUUCUCAAUGAGUCACUCAUGUGAGCUGCUCCCUCGGUUGUGGGAAUGAAAAGCCCACGGGGCCCCCUCCCCUAACCUUCAUCCCUCCUCUUACUCAGAGGCUGGAGCAGGUGGCCAAACAGCUGUUGCCUAGGAACCAAAAAGUGCUUACCCGUAAUAUUUAGGUUGCGUUCAAGCACCCUCCAUGUAGCUAGUGUGUGUAGAAAUAAAUACACCUGCGAUACUAUGUCCAUAUUCUUACUGAGUCACAGUAGUUGUGAAAAUCCUUCAUGAUUGUGUUCGAUUACCCCCAGUGGUUAGGUCGCGCCCUCCAGGAAUUGCGAUGAAUUCAUCCUUUCAUUCUUUACGUGAGGCGGCGCAAAUGCUGCUUCAGCUCUCGUACACGUUCCCAGGCGUACCCAUUUUAAUGUGUCCGAUGUGCGUAUCCCCGGGUGACGGAUGCUCAAAUGCCCUCGGAGCGUGGAAACAAUUCCGCCCGCCCCCCCCUUCCCUGGCUGCGUGACGUCACGGCCACUUAUAGCCGUUCCUUGAGCGCGUCUGCUCAUCGCUCGCCCGCCGUCCUCCGCCAAUGCUUCUUCACACCGCCUCUGCCUCGGGUGUGCGAGCGUCCCACACGCGGCCGCCGUCGACGUCCUCCUACGGCGUCUGCGUGGAAGUGAGGAUCGGCGCCAGCCUCUGCUCAUCGAGAAAGGUAAACAACAAUUUGGGCUUUGUUUUGAAAGUGCUUAAGUUAACAAAUCGAUCAUUGAAAGGAGCUCCAGGGGCUAUUUUCACGCCGUGAAGUUUGAGUGCGUUCAGCACCGCGGACAGUUCCCGGUGCUUUCAGUGCGGACACACACACACACAUACAGACAGGCAGACAGACGAGCGCUGGCUGAUGAAAUGGAAUCCAAGCGCGUGUGUCCCGUUUGCGCGACUCCAACUAACGCCACCGCGGAUCCAUCCAAAAUGUGCCGCUGCCGCCGCUGAGUGUGCAAGCUCAAUUGCGCGCAUGCUGAGAGAAUAGAGUUUGAACGCUGAGACUAGAGCGAGCAAAAGUAACUCAUGCCGGGAUCCGUCCUCACCCCUUGCCGAUGUUGCUUUCGCAGGAGAGCGGAGAGAAGCGGUCCGGCGGCAGGGACGACAAACGACUCGUCGGCGGCGACGACGAACGACUGGUCGGCGGCGGUGAUGAACGACUCGGCGGCGCCGGCCAACGGCUCGUGGGCCCGGACCCCGGCCCGCAACGACACCCCGAUGACGUGGUGGGACUCCCCGGCGGCGGGGCCGGCCUCCGCCGUCAACCCGUGGGACGUCAUGCUGUGCGUCUCGGGCACGGCCAUCGCCUGCGAGAACGCCAUCGUGGUGGCCAUCAUCAUCUACACGCCGGCGCUCAGGACUCCUAUGUUCGCUCUGGUGGGCAGCCUGGCCACGGCCGACCUGCUGGCCGGCGUAGGGCUGGUGGUCAACUUCGUCCUUCGCUACGCCGUCCCCUCGCAGGCGCUGAGUCUGGCCACGGUGGGCUUCCUGGUGGCCUCCUUCGCGGCGUCCAUCAUCAGCCUGCUGGCCAUCACGGUGGACCGCUACUUGUCGCUCUACGACGCCCUGGCCUACUACUCGGAGAAGACGCUGCAGCGGACUCACGCCAUGCUGCUGGCCACCUGGGGCGCCUCGCUGCUCCUGGGCCUGCUGCCCGUGCUGGGCUGGAACUGCCUGGGGCGGCCGGCGGCGUGCAGCGUGGUGCGGCCGCUGACGCGCGGCAACCUGACGCUGUUGGCCGCCGCCUUCUUCGUCAUCUUUGCGCUCAUGCUGACGCUCUACUUCCAAAUCUGCAAGAUCGUGUGGCGCCACGCCCACCAGAUCGCCCUGCAGCGCCACUUCUUUGCCGCCUCGCACUACGUGGCCACCAAGAAGGGCGUGUCCACCCUGGCCAUCGUCCUGGGGACCUUCGGCGCCAGCUGGCUGCCCUUCGCCGUCUACUGCCUGGUGGGCGAGCGCGAGUACCCGCCGGUGUACACCUACGCCACGCUCCUGCCCGCCACCUACAACUCCAUGAUCAACCCCAUCAUCUACGCCUACAGGAACGCCGAGAUCCAGCGCUCCAUCUACCUGCUCCUGUGCGGCUGCUUCCGCCCCAACGCCGCCUACCGCUCCGGAUCGCCCAGCGAAGUCUGAGCCGCUUCCGUGGGCAAAAAGCGCCAGGUGGUUAGCAUUUUUUAAAAUCCAAACUAUUGGGAUUUAUUUCCAAGUUCGUAACUAUUUGGCAUUGAACGCAACACGAGUUCUGGAAGGAACUUUGAGAAACUCUGAACAAGAAAAGACGGAGAAAACGUCAGACUUCACCCGUGAAUGUACCCUCGUGGAAAAAGAAAAAAAAAGUGCACUUUAUUCAACGUCUGUCUCUGUUUUGUUUUCGUUUGGUUUUGAAAUGCCAAAGCAGUAUUCUAACAACCCUUCUUGUAUAUUGUGACCGGUGUGCCAUUUUCUAUUUUUCAUUGUGCAUUUUCUACCAGGAAAAAAAAGAAAAGAAUAAAGUGCUCCAAAUGCAGAAAUGUGCAACACGA